AUGCAAUUACUUGCUGAUUAUUUUGAACCCAAACUAAACGUUGUAGCGGAGAGGUACAAGGUUAGAUGUCGAUCCCAUGAACCAGGUGAGACAGUUCAGGCGUUUUUUAUGGCUCUUAAACAUUUUGCAAAUACGUGCCAGUUUGCUAAUUUGCAUGAUGACAUGAUCUGUGAUCAAAUCGUAGAAAAAACAAACUCUACGAGAGUCAGGAAAAGAUUAUUGAUGGAGAAAGAGCUAACCUUGACGAAAGCUAUUCAGAUUGCAGAGAGGGUCGAAGCAGCUGAGAUGGAACGAAAAAACAUGGAAGGGAUAGCGGUAAAGGCCCCUGAUGAACUCCAUGCUGUAUCGAUACCAGUAUGUGCACAAACGCAGGUGAGGAAGAGGUAUAAUAAUGGACCUCCUGGUGGGGGACAAAGACGAUAUUUUCGAUGCGGGUCUCAACGCCAUUUGGCAAAUUUUGCUGAAUGUCCAGCGAAGAGCCAGGUGUGCCGUCAGUGUUUAAGGGUGGGCCACUUUCAGCGUAUGUGCCAUGAAGUUGGUGAUAAAAACGUUAUGUAG